AUGGAGAUUAAAGCUCCAAUGUUAGCAAUAAUUGUUGACUUCAGUAGCUCCAGUUCUAGUGAAUCCGAUGAUAGAUUAUUUGAUGACAGUGAGGAUGAAAAUAAGAGAAGACCAAAAUUGAACCGUGAUACUUUUUACUAUUGUCUUACCUUGAUAAGGCCAGACUUAAAGGGUACUCCUGGAGUUGCAGGUAAUAUGCCCAUUGAACCUGAAAAACAAUUAUUUAUAGCAUUGUGGUUCUUAGGAAGUCUGGACACUUACAGAUCAGUAGUGACUAAAUUUGGGGUCGGAAUGGCUACAGCAUGGAGAUCUGUCAAGAGAGUUGUAAAAGAAAUUUGUAAAACUAGUAAUUCCUUCAUCAAGUGGCCAUGUCCUGAAGAAGCAAACAUAAUUUCUCAAGUAAUAGAAGAAAAGUAUGGACUUCCAGGAGUAAUCGGAGCUGUUGAUGGAACACAUGUAAAAACUCCAACUCUGAAACGAGAUGCUCAAUCUCAUGUUAAUCAGAAAAAUGUACGCACAGUACAACUUCAAGUUAUUUGCAACAAUAAAUUGAAGUUCAUCCAUUGCUUUUGUGGGAUGCCUGGAUCUGUUCACGACAUAAGGGUGUUUAAGUUUUCUGGUGUGCAGCAAAUGUGUAACAAUGCAUUCUUCAGAGAUCAUCAACACAUCUUGGGGGACUCAGCGUACACUAUCCAGAAGCCCGUUCUCGUUCCUUAUAGAAAUGAUAGAUAUUUGACAGUGAAGCAAGCGUAUUUUAAUAAAACUCUCUCCAAAAGUCGAAGCAUGGUUGAACGCUCCAUUGGACUGUUGAAGUUGCGUUGGAGGUGUUUGUUAAACCAAAUGCACAUGAAGAGGACGGAUCUUGUACCAUACUACGUACUGUGUUGCUGUGACCUUCACAACCUAUGUUUAAAGCACGAAGAUGAGUUGGACUAA